AUGGAUGAUAAAGAUAAGAUUAAAGUAUCGAUCAGAGUUAGGCCCUUUAACAAGGACCCAAUCGAUCAAUCAAACAAAGCAAGUCCAUGGAUCAUCACCAAUGAUUCAAUCACACAUAUUAAAGGAACACAACCAUUCUCCUAUGACUCCAUAUUUGGAAUGUCCUCGACUACCUUGAACUUGUUCAAUAUGGUUGCAAAGGACAUUGUUGAUAGUGCACUCAAUGGUAUCAAUGGUACCAUAUUCACAUACGGACAGACAUCGUCCGGCAAGACACAUACAAUGAAGGGAACAGAUACACAUCCAGGUAUCAUCCCACUAUCCAUACAACAUAUAUUCAAUCACAUUCAAAAUACAUCCAAUCAACAUGAAUACAGCACACGUGUCUCUUAUAUGGAGAUAUACAAUGAGGAGUUGAAAGACUUACUCGUCUCUGGCAACAACAACAACAACAAGAAGACCAAGCUCAAGAUACACGAAGAUGGUGAUCGUAGCAUAUACGUUGGUGGACUGCGCGAGGAGCAAGUCACCUCAGUCGAACAAGUGACCAACAUCUUAAAGAGUGGUGAGGAGAAAAGACAUGUUGGAACAACAAAUAUGAAUGAGAGUAGCAGUCGCUCUCACACAAUAUUCAGACUGCAUAUUGAGCGACAUGAGAAGGGUGAUGACUCUUCCAAUCAAACUCAAUCUGGAAUAGUUCCAGGACAAGGUCGCGCGCCUCACUCAACAUCCAAGCGCGCCAAACUUAUAUCCGUGCUCACUUUGGUCGAUUUGGCUGGAUCUGAGCGAGCAUCUUCAACUGGAGCAGAGGGUAUGCGACUCAAGGAAGGCAAUCACAUCAACAAGAGUCUUUCGACCUUGUGCACGGUCGUGUCCAAGUUGUCAGAGGGCAAGGACGGCCAGCACAUACCCUAUCGCGACAGCAAGCUCACGCGUAUUCUCCAGUCGUCGCUGGGUGGAAACUCAAAGACCGCCAUCAUCUGUACUAUUACGCCGUCUGCGCAUCAUGUCGACGAAUCGCUGUCCACGCUCAACUUUGCCAAGCGCGCCAAGAACAUCAAGACCAACUACCGCAUCAACCAAGUGCAGGACAAUGCCGCUCUGUAUCAAAAGGUGGUCAAGGAGAACCAGGAGCUAAAGAACAAGCUCAAGCAGCAACAGGCGCGACUGGAUCCCUCCACCGCGUCAUCAACGUUUGGCCGCGGACUAGGCCUUGGCUUCCUCCAGAGCAUAUUUGGGUCGGGCGCCAGCUCGAACGCAUCCAGCGUGCUGACCAACGACACGAGUGCAAUCGUUUGGGACGAGGACCAGAUGUCCUCCACACCAAGCGUGGCACAGAUGCCCACCAAGAAGCGUCGCGAGACAUGGGCGCCCGAGUCCGAUCAGUCACGCAUCAAGAAGCUGCGAGUGGGAGCCGCGCCAAUCAAUCAAUCAAACGUCAACUUGGACGUCAGCGCGACGACACCCAGCACAUCCACAUCAUUGGCCACGACGCCAAUCAAUCCAAACAAGUCGACAUCAUCCGCAGUCACAAACAUCCAGCAUCAGCUCAAGAUCACAAAUGAUGAGAAGCUGGAGCUGGCUGCCCAGUUGGAAGACGAGCGCACCAACUUCCAGGACACAUACCAGAGCAUGAAUGAGUACAUUGAGAUGCUGGAGGCUGAGCAUGCGCGUGUCCAAUGUCUGCAGGAGGAGAACACAAUGCUACAAGAGGAGCUUCAGGGCUGCGAGCAGUUGAUUGACGACUGCGACGAGCAGAUCGUCACACUCAAUCAACGCAACGAACAGAUGAACAUAGACCUGGAGCGAAUGCAUACUGAAGCCGUCCAGCUCGAGGAGGCAGCCCGUGCCGAGCGCGAUUGUCUGAGCGCACAGCUGCUCACCCUGGGCGAGAACUAUGCCCUACUCGAACAAGAUCGUGGGUCAUUGCACAGCGACAACCAGCUGCUCAAGUCAAGGAUCGAGUCCUUGAGUGCCAGUCUCGACCAGUUCACCCUGAUGUUUGAUCCCAUUCGCGAGCAGAUCAACGUCUACCUUGAGCAACACAAUCAACUACGCGCAGAGGUCACCUACCUCAGUGAGCAGAAUGAGCUCAUGGACGCCCAGCACACCGAGGUCGCAGCGCACAACGCUGACCUGGCGCGCAACAACGAGGACUUGGCGCGCGAGAAUCAAGAGCUGCGUGCCACCCACAAUGAGCAAGGAUCACGAGAGAGUGACUUGGCCGCAAGAUUGAUAGAGGCCAACAAGCAUGCCGAGGCUCUUCAGGGCCAGCUCACAGAACAUCAAGGUAUCAUCGAUGGGCUGAGGCGCGUCAAGUCGCAGUAUGAUCAAGAGAUGGAGCACAUUGGCCACCAGCUUAAGGCCCAGCGCAACACGAUUCAAGUGCUCGAGCAACAGAUCGCCGACAAGAACAAGCCGAUUGAGGAGCAGCUGGCCCUGGUCCAUCAGAUGGAGUCGCGUCUGAACGCGGCCUUUGCCAACCACGAGUCCUCAGUGGACGCACUCAAUCGCGAGAUCAAUCAGAAGGACGACAGGAAUCGCCAACUGACAGGCGACAUUGAGCGACUGGAACAGGCUUCGCGGCGCCAGGAGCAGACGCUGGCCAACGAGAAGUUUGAGUUGGCUCAGCAGCUGCAGCAACUGGAGCAGCAUCAUCAAGCUUCGCACGAGACGUCCAGGAUGCAGCUCGAGAUGCAGACCGCGGACAACCUGGAGCUCAAGGCGCGACUCUCCCAGCUGGAGACCAUGUACCAGGGACGUCUUGAAGAGUCCAAGCUCAUGCUCGAGGCCAAGCGAGCAGAGGUAGCACAGCUCGCCGACCAGCUAGCCGACGCUAGCAGCAAGAGCUCGACCCUGGCCAAGCUCGUCGACGAACUAACCGCACAAAAGAGUGAUGUGGACGCGAGAUUCAAAGAGGUCGUUGCCGAGAAGGACGCUGCGCAGUCCAAGAUGGGCGUCGAGGUGGCCCUGCUCAAGGACCAGGUGGCAAAACUAAAGAAGGCCAAGCCAGGCGAGAUCGUCGCGAACAAGGCGAUUGAGCGCGAGAAGGAUCUAUUGCGCACGGACAAUGAGAAGCAGAAAGAGAAGAUCGCGACGCUCGAGGCCAAGGUCAAGCAGGUGACGAUGGAGAAGUCGGCGAUCCAGUCUGAGAAGGCCACCGCUGAGCGAGAGCUCAACAUCCUCAAGAAGUCCAAGGCCGACGUGGAGAAGGAGCUGGACAAGAUACGAACGACCAAGAAGACCGAGACGGAUCGCACCAAGGAAUACACGACGGCAAUCAAGACCCUGACCAAGGCCAACGAGACAUUGACCAAGUCCAACGAGUCCUUGACCAAGGCCAGCGACAGGUAUCGAGUUCAGGUUACAGAUUUGGAGGACCAGCAUGCCAAGCGCGCCGAGCAGUUAGAGGCAGUGGCGGAGGAGGUGGCCAAGCUCAAAGAUGAGAAGUCGGCACUUGAUGAGACCAUCGCCAGUCUCGAGAUGGACAAGGCCCAGUAUGAGAUCAAGCUCAACACACACGAGGCCGAGAUCACCAGGUUACAUCAAGAGUCCGACAAGGCCAAGGCUCAGUAUGAGGCCAAGAUCAACACACAUGAGGCCCAUAUCAACAAGUUACAACAGGACUCUGAGAUGGCCAUGACCGAGCACCGCGCCAGUCUGACCGCCCUUCAAUCACAAGUAGACAACAAGUCAAGCGAGCUCGAGACCAUGACCCGCGCAUUGGAGGAGGCGAAGGAUAGUGCCUCGCGAGUUGUAAAGGAGCUGGCUGAGAAGGAGACUGAGAAGGACAAUCUUUGUACCCAGCUGGCCGAGUUCAACUUCCAGAUCGAGGAGAUCAAGGCUGAGUUAGCCUUGGUCACAUCACAGUUGGACACACAGCUUAAAGAGCGCGCGAAGCUGGAGGAGCAGAUGGCUGCUUUAAGGACCGAGUUGGAGGGCGCGACCAAAGAGCGUGAAGGACUGAAGAAUCAGCUGGAGAAUGAGCGACAGGAACAUGUACUGGCUAGCGCGAAGGCACUGGCGUCCAGCGAGGGCGAUGUCAAGACGUACCAGGACAAGAUCAAGAGUCUGGAGCAGGAGACCAUCGAACUGAAGGAGUGCCUGGAGGAGGAGAUCGCCGAGUUGGAGGAGGACUGCACCAAGUUGAGACAGGAGAACGAUGCCAAGCAGGCCGAGCUGGACCGAUUGAACGCGGCUAUCCUUGAGCAGACCAGUCGCCACACCGAGCUGACCAAGGUGAACACAGAUGUCGUCAUGCAACUGGAUGAUAAGACCAAGAUGUGCGACGAGCUUGAGCAUCGUGUGACUGAACUUAUGGACACAUCUGGACAAGCUGUAGCAGGCUUGGCCAACGCCCAACAAGACAAUAUUGCACUGGAGUCUCAGACACAGACAUUGCACGAGAAGUUGGAGGGUGUCCAGCGCGAGCGUGAGGCACUGGCUGCACAAAACUCAAAGUUGGCCGCGACCAUCACCGAGCAAGACACCAAGAUGGACAUUCUUGAGCAGUCAAUGGAACAGCUUCGCAACUCAUUGGCCACCGAACAGGCGAACGUCAGUCGUAUGGCUUCUCAGAUAGAGUCGAUCGAGGACGAGCGCAGGCAGACUGUCAACGAGGCGGAGGCCAAGCAAGCCAAGCAGGAGGACACCAUUCGCCGACUCAACCUGGCGAUAGAGUACGCGCGAUUUGAAAAGGAUCGGGAUGUUGAGGAGUUGAAGAAUCAGUUCGCCGCAUACAUCAAGGCCGAGCGCCAGAGAACGGAUGCGGGACAGACCGACCUGGAAACACUGCGCAAGACACUGGCUGCCAAGGAACACGAACUGGAGCUAAAGAACAAGGAGAUGGAGGAUCUCGAGGAGGAGCACUACAAAAAGUUGGAGAACAAAAUCAACGAGUGCAAGUCACUGGAGAAAGAGUUGGCGCAGCAUCGUCUGGCCAAGCAUCAAUAUGAGAUGCAGGCCUCACUUGGGGCAUCUGUCAACAAUGGUACCAGACCAAAUAUUGAUCUACCGGUAUCAUCAUCAAUUCUAAAGAACAACACAGGUGUGAUCAAUCAUCAUGCAUCUCCCACAAAGAACACGUCUUUGUCUGCCUCAUUGGCCACACCAUCCAUCUCUCAGGGACUGUCGCACAAGCAAUCAUACGUUCCACCACUCAAGCCAUUGCUCAAACCAAAGGCAACAACGACUACCAAGCGUGCCAGCAACGCCAACACUCAAUCAACCUCCACUUGUAAAUAA